GCUCCUGCUGGAUGCUUGGGCACAGCAUGCUCGCUCUGCCUGGAUGCCUGCGCGCUGCGGCGUUCUGGGUGUUUGUGUACUCCUACAGCCUGCUCUGCACCUGCAGUGCCCUCCUCAAACUUCUCUGCAGCAUCCUAAUGAGGCCACAGAUAACGUUCCAGAGGAUUAGCCGGGAGGUCACACCAAGCUGCCUGAAUGAUCCUUUCCUUGGCACACACUGCUAUGUGCGGAACAAGGAUUCUGGAUUACGAUUCCACUAUGUUGCUGCUGGAGAAAGAGGAAAACCACUGAUGCUGCUGUUACAUGGGUUUCCAGAGUUCUGGUAUUCCUGGCGUCACCAGUUACGGGAAUUUAAGAGCGAGUAUCGGGUUGUGGCACUUGAUUUAAGAGGAUAUGGAGAAACAGAUGCACCUACUAAUAUAGAUAGCUACAAGCUAGACUGUAUCAUAGUGGAUGUAAAGGAGAUUGUGGACUCAUUAGGUUACACUAAAUGUGUCCUUAUUGGUCAUGACUGGGGUGGGAUGAUUGCUUGGCUAACUGCUAUUUGUUAUCCAGAGAUGGUUACCAAGCUGAUUGUUCUGAGCUUUCCACAUCCCACCGUGUUUACAGAAUACAUUCUACGACACCCUUCCCAAUUGAUUAAAUCUGGUUACUACUUCUUUUUCCAAAUGCCAUGGUUUCCUGAACUCAUGUACACUGUAAAUGAUUACAAGGUUUUAAAAGAUCUUUUUACCAGCACAGACACGGGCAUUGGAAAGCAUGGUUGUAGAUUUACAGAAGAGGACAUGGAAGCAUACCUUUAUAUAUUUUCCCAGCCUGGAGCUCUGAGUGGACCAUUAAAUCAUUAUCGGAACAUCUGCAGCUGCUUGCCACUGAAACACCACCAGGUGACCAUGCCAACCUUACUCUUGUGGGGAGAAAAUGAUGCCUUUGUGGAAGUGGAGAUGGCUGAACUGACCAGGGUCUACGUGAAGAAUUACUUUCAGCUAUCUGUACUGUCAUAUGCUAGUCACUGGAUCCAGCAGGAUCAGCCUGAGCUGGUCAAUACAUUGAUAUGGACAUUUUUAGAAGAAGACAGAUUUGAAAUAAAAGACUGACCAAACCUUAUAGUCUGCUGAUAAUCAGUGCAAACUGUCCUGUAGGACAUGACUUAAUAAGAAGAAAGCAAUGAUCUAACAAAGGGCCAUACUUAGCUUGCCUCAGUGAAGAGUUGCUGUACUGUUGGCACAGGUGACCUUUGGCUACCGUACAACUAGAUCUCUCGGCAAUCCUUCUCCAGAUGCUGGGAGCUUAUAGUUCUGCAAUAGGAAGAGUGCUUAAGGGUAACUGUCCUUGCAUUACAGCGUCUAAUAUAAAAUCACUGUGUAAUUAAACAAAGCAAAUUUUCCGAAAAAGCUGUGUCAGUUAUAAAUGCCAGAUUAUAUAGUAGUAUUAUACUUUGCACAUUCACCUGCCUUAACAUUUCUGAGUUUACACUGUACAACAAAAACAUCACGAUGUACUGGGUAUCUUAGUUUAUUUAAACUCUAUUGAAUACAGGGGUGUUAUAUUCUAACUGGGCAUAUAGGUACUUAAGUAUAUAUAUUUUUUUCUACUUUUUUCAUUUACCACAUGUAAAUAAAAUGCAUAUAUUCAACUUAGUUUCCACCAGAGGUCAUACAACUCUGGUAAAAACAAACAAGGGGUCAUUUAACAAUGCCCUGGGUUACAAUUUGCACAUGUAUUUUUGGAUGGGGUGGCAAAGAAACUUAAACCACAUAUCAAAAAUACAUUAAUACAAAUAAAAUACAUGAAACACAUUGCCUUAGGCAGGAGGAACUUACCUGUGCAUCCCUGGCAAGCUACUCCCUCUUGGCAGAUAUCACUCCACUAGUUAAUUGUAGUGACCAAUGUUUACAGGGUAACCCUUUUGAAAUAAAAAAUAACAAAAGUGGUAUAAAGGUGAUACCUUUAUUGGCUAACUAAGGUAACCAUAGCAAGCUUUCAGAACAUUUUAGUUCCUUUUUCAAGCUGAUUGUAAUGACCAAGGAACACCUAAACUUAAAUAUCCAAUUAAAAAGAAAAAUACACACAAACUAUGGGGUGACAUAUAGGAAAGGUUGGAAGAGACCAAUCAAUAAAUACUAAAAACCUUUGAAUCCAUAUCACUAAAAAUACUAACAUAAUUUACAAAUAGGUGAAGUUUCAAAUGGAAAGUAAUAUUCACCCAAUAUAGCACAACUACACACGGAAAUAAUCUAUUUUGAUUUAAGCCAUAACUGCUAAUUGUCUCUGCUGUGAUAUCAAAUCCAGACAUACUGAAUAAUUCAUGAUUACCCCUUUUUUCUAUAAUUGAGUUAGAAGGGUCUCAGAUUAAAUGUUUGUGUUGCUUUCAUCACACCUCUUCCAUUACAUAAGUAUGCAUUCCUUAACCCCCCCCCCCCCUUAUUUGUUCAUCUUUAGAAUACCAGAUCAGAAAUCGUGUUUACUAAGAGGUAAAGCUAAAAAAAUAUGUUAGUUAAAUUUACCAUUUUUCCAGUGCUGAACACUGCUACAAAGUUCUGGACUCUGUACUGUGUAUAAGUGACUCACCUGCAAAUCAUGGGACCCUUUACCCUCAGGUCUGGCAGGUUAGGGUGCCAGUUUGGCCAGAACUAGCAUACAGAGCAAAAAGACACAGGUACAGCUCCUACAGGGGAAACAUUUAGGGGGUUAGGGUCAGGUGCAGGUUAAGGUUUUGUGGGUUAGGGUGGGGUGUGGUUUGAGUUUUUCCUGACCCCCACAUCUUUGUGCCAAGUACCUUAUUUAAAAUAAUUGAAAUAACCUAUGCAUAGGCACAGAAAAACGUAUUGUAUAGAAUUUUAAUGUGUGUGUUUUUGUGCCUUGUGGCUUUGCCUUAUCAUUAAAUAGUAGUAGUAAAUACCUGGAAACACUCCUGUUCACCUAAAAAUUGAUAUUAGUAAAUAGUUGUUUUUAGGCCACUCCUACUCUGAAGCGGCCGAUGCAUUGAAAUGUGUCAGGAGGGAAAAGAUGCAGAGAUCCAAAGGCAAGUAUGUCCUGUCUCAUGAUAUUUGUUCCAUGUAUUUGUCUUUUUUGUUUGUAUUUGUCUUUUUUUUUCUUUGAAUAAAUUGGCAUUACUUCCUUC